AUGGAAGAAUAAGUAAUAAAUGUAAUAUUCGAUCCUAAUUUCUAAUCUUUUGAUUAAGAAUUAGCCAAUUUAAGCAUGGAUAAAAUGAUGAGCAUCUAAUUUUCAGAAGAAUUGUUACAAAAGAAUUUUGCAGUUUUGAUAUCUAUAUUAAAAUAAUUGCAUAAAGGAAUGGUAUUGAUGAAUACAAAAGUGUAAGAUAAUUCUGAGUGGGUUUAGGUAUAUGUAAUCAAUAAUUAAUAAGAAAUUGAAAGAUGUAAGUGAAACUCCUGAAAGCAAAUAGUAAAAUAAAGAAACUAUAGAUUAGAUUACAUCAAAAUUAUAAGAAAUAUAAUCAAUAUCAUAAAAGGAUUAUGCAACAAAAGAAGAAUUAGAUUAGACGAAUCAAAAAUUUAGUAAGUUUUUUAUUUAAUAUAUUUAAUAGAUAGAAUAGUAAAGUAAUAAGAACAAGCUUUAUAGGAUUUAGAAGGUGAAUAAACUACUUAAUCUAAGAAAAUAGAAGAUUUAAAUAAUACAUAAAUACAUUAAUCUGAAUAACUAAACUCACUAAAUCAAGAAAUUGAAAAUAUCAAAAAAUAAAUGAAUGGUUUUUAAAAUGAGUUACAUGAAGUAGAAGAACGUAAACCAGAAUAAAUUAUAAUUGAAAAAGAAGUAAUAAAAGAAGCUCAGAUUCAAGCUAUGGCAUUGCCUAUUCAAUAUGCUAAUAAUGAUGAAUAAAUCAACAAGUUAAAUAAAUUAACUCUUGAAUUAAGUAAAUAUUUACAUAAUCCUUAGAAUAAUAACAGGAAUAAUUAUAACAAGAACUAAUUAACUUAAAAUAAGGAUUAAAUAAUGGAAAAGUUUCAGAAGAAAGUUAACCAGUAGAUUUAUCAGAUAUCAAUAAGAGAUUAAAUGGUCAUGAAGAUGAAAUAUAAUCUUUAUAUGAAAUUCUAGAUAGUGUAAGGUAGAAGUUAAAAGAUUAAAAUAAUUAUUAAUAAUCUGAUGUUUCAAAUGAAGAAAUAAAUUCAAUUAAAAAUGAUAUCAAGAAAUUAUAAUAAUAAAUUGAAGCUUUAUAAACUUAAUUAAAUUUAGCUACUUUUGGAUAAGGUGAAGAUAUGUAAGAGAAUUAAGUUGCUCUAAUUUUAGGAGAAAUCAAUAAAUUAAGAGAAUAAUUAUAAAAUUAUUGUCCAAUAUAAGACUUUUAAAAUGAAAAUACCAAGAAAGAAAUGAAAAUUAAGAUUGUUCAAGAUCAUGCAGAUGAAGAAUUAGAAAAAGCAAGAAGAGAAUUCAAAAGUAAAAUAGAUAAAAAAGCAGAAUAAGCAGAUAUUACUAAAUUAGAAAAGGAAAUUAUAUAAUUGAGAGAACAAAUAGGAAAAUCUUAACAAAGAAAAUCUUAAGCUCAUGUUGAAACACCUUUAAAACCAUCAAAUACUGAAAAAGAAUUACAAAAUUUAAUUAAAGAAUUAUAAUAAUCAAUAAAGGAAAUAGAAAGGUAUUUAUUAUAUAAUUGAUUGAUAGUGAUCUAUUAAUACAUAAAACAUAAAUGAAUUAAAAUAAUUAAUAAACACAUAUUAAAUUGGCUGAAUUGGAAAAGAAACUUUAGGGAAUAUAAACUGAUAAGAUUUAUAUUGAAUUAUAAAACUAGAGAGAAUAAAUGGAUUUAAUUAAGCGUGAUUAAGAUUAAAAUAGAAUGAAGAUUAAUAAUUUUGGAAAGAAAAUAGAAUCGAUAGUAACAAAGGAUGAAUUAUUCUAAACAUUUGAUCCAAAAAUAAAAUCAGUAAGAGAUGAAGUUUAAAAAAUUGGAGAUGAAGUUAAAUUUAGUAUUGAUAGAAAAGCUGAUGCUUAAGAAGUGAAAGAUUUGAAUUAAACAUUUUUAGAUUAACUAUAAAAGGUUGUAACUGAAUUAAUUAAAACAUUAGCUAAUAAAUAAGAAACAAAGAAAGCUUUAAUAUAUCUUGAAUAAAAAGUAAUAUAAAAUAACUAAAAUAGAUAAAUUAAAUAUUUAUGAUACUUGAAGGAGAUGGAUCAAAGGAUUAAGAUUCUUUAUUUGUAAAAAAACCACUUUCUUGGAGUUGUGCUUCAUGUGAUAAAGAUUUAGAUAAAUAUAAAGGUUAAUUAGGAGAUUUCAAAAAUUGGGCUGUAUUUCCUCCAAAAGAAACAUCACCUGAAAGAAUGGGAAAGGUAAUAUAAUUCAUUAAUAUAUUAAUUAGUUUGGUAUUGGUUAUAAGAAUAUGCAAGAAAAGUUAAAAUCUAAUAGAGAAAAAUUAGAUAAAGAUAGAAAUCAAAAUGAAAAAGAAUCCAGUUAAUAAUAGCAAAGUAUGACAUUAAGUCAAAGUCAAACUCAAUUGCCAAAAAUUAAGUAAUGAUGAUGAUGUCUAUAUAUUUCAAUAUAAUUAUAUAAGGC